AUGGAGCGCGGGGCGCUGCGGGAGGCGGCGGCCGCGCUGUCCGAGGCUGCGCGCGGGCGCAGGCUGAUCUUCGACAGCGACACCUUCACCAGCGACCAGGUGGCCUACGCGGCCGUCGUCAGGGCGCUGGACGCCGCGCUGCCCGCCAGCCUGGUGGUCGACUACCGAGGGGCCCUGGGCGCCGUGGGCAACUUCGGCGGCAUGAGCGGGCUCGUGGACCUGGACCUGCCCCGAGACCACGUGGAGGCCGCCAGCGCGAUCCUGACGGAGCUGAGGCCCGCGGCGACGCGUGAGUUCUGGCGGUGGAAGGCGAGGCAGCCCGCGCAGCGCUUCGCGGCCAGGCUGGUCCUGAGCUCCUGGGCGGACGCCGUGGCCGCGGAGGACCUCUGCUUCGGCGAGGCGCCCGCCCAUGCCGUCAGCGUCGGCGAGAGCUGCUGGCAGCGCUGGACCAGCAACUACGCCCGGCUCGGCUGCAGCUUCGCGCUCACGCUGCCGCGGCCGGAUGGGGCCCUGCUGCUUCUCAUCUUCACGGGGCCCCAAGCAGGCGCUGCUGCCCAGGGAGGCCGCUGGACGGUUCAGCGGGAGCACCCCGGGCGGAUGUGGCACCCCCCGGCGUGA